AUGGCGUCUCUGCUGAGGACUUCAACCCCAAACGCUGCGCGGCUACUACUUCGGGCAACUCCGCGGGUAGUCGAUGUCCCGUUGUCACAGGGAAUAACGCAUCUGCAACCACGGGCAAGGUCGAUUCAAACCUCAGCCGUCCUCUUCUCAUCACCGACACCAUCAUCACAAGACCACGCCAGUACAACGAGCAACAAUGACCCGACCCUUAAUACCGUUAACCAAUCCGAAGUCUCGCACUUUGACGCCCUUGCCUCGACAUGGUGGGACUCUCAUGGCCCCUCACGCCUGUUGCACCUGAUGAACCCUCUCCGCCAUGACUUUAUCGCCUCCUGUCACGCCUCAGAGCCACCACCACCACCACCAACCGAUGGUUCAUCACCCCAACCCUCGCAACCCCGCCAAGGCCUGCACUACCUUGACGUGGGCUGCGGCGGUGGCAUCUUUGCCGAGUCGGCGGCCCGGCUCCCGACCGCGGCGUCCGUGACCGCCAUCGACGCGUCCUCGCAGGUCCUGGCCGUGGCGCGGGCUCACCUGCGCCGCGAGACGCCCGCCGUCCAGGCCAAGCUCACGUACCUGCACUCGAGCGUCGAGGCCCUGUCGGACGCCUCGGCGGCCAAGCAGCAGCAGCAGCAGUACGACGUGGUGACGACGUUCGAGGUGCUCGAGCACGUCGACAACCCGUCGGCGUUCCUGCAGCGGUGCGGCGCCCUCGUCCGCCCCGGCGGCUGGCUCGUCCUCAGCACCAUGGCCCGCACCUGGACCUCGUGGGCCACCACCAUCCUGGCCGCCGAGCACGUCUUGGGAAUCGUCCCGCCCGGCACUCACGAUUGGCAAAAGUACGUCGAUGUCGAGGAGCUGCGCGCGCAUUUUGCCUCCCGCCCGGCGUCGGAGGGCUGGACGGGUAAUGGUUCGGUUGAGAGGUGCCAGGGCGUCGUUUACGUUCCUGGACUGGGGUGGAAGGCCGUGCCUGGGUCGGAGAAGGUUGGGAAUUACUUUUAUGCCGUGAGGAAGAGCCCGUACGUCCCUGCUUGA